AUGUUGAGCACAAAAGGUCAGUCUACAAACAAUACCAAAGCUGUUGCUAUCGUCUCAAACCCAGUGAAAUGGGAAGAUUUACCGGAUCCGGAGGUCAUCCGUGUUGGGGAGGUCUACUACAUGAGUGUAUCUUCUUUUGCGUUCUCACCAGGAGCUCCCAUCCUACAGUCCUCUAAUCUCGCCGACUGGGAAUAUAUCGGACAUUCAGUUCCAGAGCUUUCAUUUGGCGAGAGAUUCUACCUUGACGGUCAACAUGGUGGCGCCUACGGGAAAGGCAUCUGGGCAUCAACCCUCAGAUAUCGCAAAAAAAGGACGUAUAUCUACACGGCCAAAGACCCUAAAGAUACCUGGACGCCACUGCCCCCAGUCGACAAAUUCUAUUAUGAUCUUGGACUGCUCAUUGAUGAGGACGAUACUCUCUAUCUGGCGUAUGGUACAAAGACUAUUUCCGUUGCCACACUUAGUGCUGAUGGGCUCAAAGAGGUUGAUAAUAGAGUUGUUUACAGUUCGGAUGAAUACCUUGAAGGUGCUCGAAUGUACAAUAUUAGAGGAGCAUACUACAUCUGGUUAACGCGCCCAUACGGCGGCCAGUACGUUCUUAAAUCUACCUUGGGACCUCUAGGACCUUACGAGUGCCGGUGCGUUAUUGGUAACGUCCUUUCUCCAAUCCCAGGUGCAGGAAGUCCUCACCAAGGAGCCUUGAUCGACACCCCGGACGGAAAAUGGUAUUACAUGGCUUUCAUGGAUGGCUUCCCCGCAGGACGAGCUCCUGUGCUUGCCCCAGUCACUUUCGAUGACGAAGGUUGGCCCAAGGUCGAGGUUGAUCAUUCAGUUCCUCUAGGCGUAUGGCGCACUGAAUAUCCAUUGCCAAUUGGCACAGGUUGCCGAAAACCUCAGAAUUCGUGUUUCAAGACGCACUACUUCGAUGGUGACGCUCUAGAACCUUGCUGGGAAUGGAAUCAUAACCCCGACAAUUCGAAAUGGAGCUUCCAAGAGGGCCGCUUGAUACUAUCGACAGGGACAAUCACAAACAACCUUCACCUAGCAACCAACACCCUCACCCACCGCACAAUCGGGCCCAAGAGCACUGCAACCUUUUAUCUUGACUUUUCACGAUUGAAAGAUGGUGAUAGAGCUGGUGUAUCUAUAUUCCGCACCAACAGCGCAUACAUCGGUAUUCAUAAAGACACCGGCGCCUCGCGACUUGUCUAUGUCGAAGACAUGGUUCAUGCCCCAAUCAAUAUUCCCGUUGGCUGGAUGAAUGGGCAUCCCGUUGCUCUUGAUUGGACAGCAAAGUCUGAAGGGACUAUCAAGGCAGAAACAAGCAUCGCCGGCGACCGGGUGUGGCUACGGAUUAAAGCAGACGUUUCGCCCGCCUUUUCUGACGGGUACGAGAAGGAGACGAGGUUCACCACAUUUGAAUACAGUAUUGACGGGCAGAACUUUUCACAGCUUGGACCAGCUUUCGCCGUGUCCACUGACGCUCUAGGGUAUGUCGGGUACCGGUUCGCAGUGUUCAACUGGGCGACCAUUAGUCUUGGAGGCCAGCUGUUGGUAGAAAGCUGCGACAUUCAGUCAUCCAGUGAUUAA